GGUGUGUCCACGGUGCCCGGUGUUGGAGUUGGAUACGGAGCGAGUACCACCACGUCAACCACGUGGACAUUUUGAAAAGGACCGAACCGUUGCAGCCCGCAGGCUAGGGCGGCCAUUAUUAUAAAGAAAGGGAAUCCUUUCCCCCGGUUUUGGAGUUAAGUUGGUUCGUUCAAUUCAGCUUCCGUUCGGUGCUCUAUAGUGCCCGUUGGGUUCUCCUUGGGUUUCCUGCUUUGCACCUAAUUUAUUAAGCUUUCAUUAGUCAGCGUGGCGUGUGUUGCUUUUGCAAUUACAGACACCCGGGCAUAAAGUAAGCCAACAGAGUGUCACUAUUUGAAGUACCAUUCCUGUGGCUCGAGCACCAUCCAGCAUCCGGAAAGCCAAUAAACAUUCGGACAGCCCAAUUGGCCGAUACACAUCAUUAGCAUUAAUCGGCUGAACACAGGACACAGGUUGCCCGGGUUCCGGUAAAGAUGAACGCAUCGAUUGUGGUGUUAACGCUGACCUGCCUCUUCAAAGUGGCCCUCUCCACUAGCCUGCUGCCGGACGGAACCGGUGGACAGGGAGCCUCGGACCUAACCAACGAUGGACAGGCCAGUGAUGACGAGCGGAUAAAUUACAUUACGCUCAAUGGCAAUGGCUACGCUGAUAACGAGCUGGCGUCGUCGUCAUCGUCCACGACCACACCGGAGGAUGGCGAUGCGGAUGGACUAACGGAGGGAUUGCUUCGAUGGACGGCCAGUUCGGAGGCGCAGGAACUGGUGCCACGCUUGCUACGCAUGAAUCCGGAUUUGUUGGACAGUUUGAGAGCGGCCAUUGCCCUUGAUGCCAACAUGAUUAACAGACAGAACAUGGACCUUUCGAGCGAUCUGCUUGGGAGUCACCAAGGAGUCUAUGAUCGUCUGUACGGAUAUGCACCACUGCGAAGCGUCUAUCCCAAACGAGCACCAACUGGUUUUACUGGUAUGCGAGGACGAAGAGUUCCAUCCGGAUUCAACGGUGUCCGCGGCAAGAAGUCACUCUCGGUGUACAGUUGGAAGAACAGCGCGAUCCAGGGUGGGAACCAGAAGUCCUUCAAGGAUGGCAAACGAGCACCGUCAGGAUUCUUGGGAAUGCGCGGUAAGAAGAACUUCGAUAUGGGUCCGGAUCAACGAUGGAGGAUGGACGAUCUGAUCGACAACGAGCAGCUCAAAGAGUAUCCGAACUAUCUGAUACUGGAUCCAACAAUGGGACCAUCGCUGCACAUUAACUCGGCUCCACCGAAGCGAGUCCCAAAUGGUUUCAUGGGACUCCGCGGAAAGAAGGACUGUUGCUAAAUGUCCACGGAACACAGACUCCAACGUACACUGGCUGGCAAGCGCUGAUGGAACCGAGUACACUCUUCCUUAAAGUACCCUCGAAUGGAACGCAAAUACUGGCAAAAACCAUGAGUGUAAGCGUUUAUCAAUAAUAACCUCCUAAUUAUCGUCUACUGGUCGGGCAUCUGCUGUUAAACAUAUCAUCGUGGUCAUCAUUAUCAGUGCUAGGGUAGUGUGUAAGCGUUAUUGCAGCUCUGCAGCGGCGGUCCGGUCGAUAUAGUAACGCCGAUCGCUGGCCCAACGCUGGCUCGCAAGGCGAACAAACUACAAAACACAAAGUAUAUAUUUAAAAGUAUAUAUUUAAGGCUUCUGGAAGAAUUAUAGCACUGUUCAAACCAAACAUCGAUGGGACAAACAAACCGCGGGGGGCUUUCACUUGCACAUGCAUCCGAAUGCGGGGGAAUCUAUUGAAUGGCGCGGUUGAUUCGCGGCUUCAUUUGGGCAAAUCGCCUUUUUCCUAGGCGUUCCGCGCUGGCAGACUCCUUCCCCAAAGAAUCGACCAUCUCAGUAUUGGCUUCUUACAAUGGUGUGUACAAAUGGUGCGGGUUCUUGAUAUCAAAUGGACAAUCUUUUCUUUUUUAUGUGGUAAGAUUAAUUGGAACCAACUACAUAUUAACAGCUGAACGCAAUACCUCAUACACAGUAAUGUGCUAGUAAUUAUUUCCUAAAUUUCGAAUUGAAAAUGAAAAUUAAUCUGCCAAUUAGCAUAAUAGUUAUGAGUUGCUUAUCAAAGAAUUAUCGUCUACAGUCUUGCCACAGAUCGUUAUUAUCGCAAUCGGCUUGCAAACGAAGCAAAGAUUUAAAAAUCUGACUCAAUAAUCGACUAUUUUGUUUAAUAAUGUUGUAAGUCAUCAAUGGCACUUCAAAGAAACAAAUAGAUGUAUUAAGCAUAGAGCAAGGGAUGUAUUAGUAAGCCAACGGCAUUAAAAAGAAGGCGCCUGGUGGUCAGGAAAUGGGUGCGCCUUCUUGUCGUAAUUCCAUCGAGUCUGGGUCAACUGCUGAGAAAUGAAUGAGCGUGAAACUGUUCCCGAAGAUUGUCUGUCCAAUGGCCACCAGAACUCUAUUCCACCAGAAACUUUAUUCCAACUCCCGAAUCAUCAUUCUUGUAUAUUUAAAUCGUUGGUGAUUGUUUUUGAAGAAAUGCCAAAACAUUAAUUCAUCAUUUAAAUUCGCCCAAUUACAGCUGUCCAUAUCAUUUCCUCCCCAGUGCCACCAGGUGCCUUCAAUUUGAUAAGCACAUUGUCUAUUAUCAUUAUCCCGAUCCUUUGUUGAGAUGUUCUCAUUCCUGAUAAGCCUCAUUCCAUCGACAGCAGUUCCACUAUAUGAUCCAAGACGAGUCAGGACGUACCCUAGUCUCUCACUCUCUAUUUCGAAUGCAUCAUAUCGUGCGUAUGUGUAGGUUCCGUUAAAGUCCUUCAAUUCUACAAUCAACUCAUGCCCACGCCGUUUUGUUAUCUGAUGGACUUUUUCCAAACCCAACCAAAACUCUUUACGAAAAUCACCAAAUCCGUCGCGAAACUCUCUCCAGUCUCGGUGAAAGUCUAAUGAACCAUCGUAACGGUAUUGCAUCACGAUCCAUCCCCCACCGAAUGCGUUCUGGUUGCAAUACACUCUUAACGGAACUUUAAUACCAGCAUUAUUUAAACCGAUCAAAUAUGUUCCCGACACGUCCGUUGGGAUAUCCUUGCAAGAGGAAAAGGGUUGUUGAGUAUCCUGUUUUUGCAGCACGCGUCCGACGUCUUGAUCGAGUUUAUGCAACACUGCAUCGACCUUCUCCUGGUUUCGAUUUUGGAGCUCGCUUAUGUUUAGCGCGACAUGAAUUUCGAGUUUCUGAAGUUCCGCAAAGAUUUCAGUUUGGCUUUGAUGUUGGCUGGAUCGCAGUUCAUUCAGAGCGGCAGCUAUCUGUCUUUGCUCCGAUCUAUGUUCCUUCACCUCGUUCUCUAUUUUUUUCAGCUUGCCAUCCCUCAUCUGCAGCUUGUCUUCUAUGUUCUCCAGUUUAACUUCCACGUUGUGUAGCUUCUUCACGAUGAAAUCGAACUUAGUCAGGACCAUUUCUAGUCCGAAUCCCAGUGUCCCAUAUCCUGGAUGAACGAGAACUUUCAUACCUUCACGAUCACGAUCACUUGC